AUGGAGCCAGCGAGUUUUGCGAUCGGGCUUGUAGGACUUGUCAGUCUCUUCAAUACAUCCUUGGACAUUCUCGACAAAUUUGACUCGUGGCGAGACUGCGAAGACGAGUCCCAAGCAUUGAUAGCUCGAUUCAAAGCCCACAAGCUUCAGCUGGAACGAUGGGGCCAGGCUGUUGGGAUAGAAAAUGGAAUCAUGUCAGCUAAGCAUGAUAAGCUUCUUGAUGAUUCGCGCACAUUGAGGACAGUCCAGGAUCUCCUUUCAGCGAUCGUCUACAUCUGUGGCCCUGACGAACCGCCACACAUUCCACUGGACUCAAAAAGACAAAAGCUGAAUUGGACUCUACGAGCCAAGAAGAAACGAACCACGCAAGUUGAACAAUUCGCCUCGAUCGUGGAGAUCCUCCAUAGCUUGGUUCCCAUCGAAAAAGACGGGGUCUCAAGAUACGACGACUCAUUUCAGAGGGCUAACUCAUCAAGACACAUGAAUAAUGCCUUCCAGAGUCACGGAGAUUGGGUAACGGAUAUGAAACGCAUUUUGAGUAAUAUAGAGAGCGAGAUUGAAGUCGAGACACGACGCGAUUUACAAAAAUGGCUACUGGGAAACUAUCUUCCGAACGACCGCUACGAGACGUACAAAGAGAAGCGGUUGGAUGGUACUUGUGAAUGGAUCAUAUCUCAACCAUGGUUUCGUGACUGGUCUUCUCCUGAUUUCCCAAAAGGAUCUGCUAAGAUUCUUUGGAUCAAUGGCCCUGCGGGAUUUGGAAAGACUGUGCUAUGCACAAAAAUUAUCGAUCAUAUGUCCUCUAUUGCAAAAGGCCCUCUUGGCCAUUUCUUUUUCUCUGCAGACUUCGAAAGACAUGACCCCUUUACGGUGAUCAGAUUGUGGGUAUCCCAAGUGGUAUCUCAUCCAAUAGCAUUCAAACUGGCUCGUGAAAUGUGGGCUAUUCAGCAAGGGCCAAAUGCAACGCGCACCGAUCUCAUGAAACUCUUGCGAGCGAUUGUGACUGCCGUUCCCGGGUGUACAUUCGUCGUGGAUGGGUUAGAUGAAUGUACUUGGCAGAAAGAACAUCAGCAGACUGGAGGAAACGAAACAAUCUCUGGCUUUAUGGAGGCCUUGAGGAAAAUUACUGAAGGCGCAACUACUCGCCUGAUGAUCACAAGCCGCGAUGAACCGGAAAUACGAAAUCUAUUAAGCGUCCAUGCGCACCACUGCUUAAUGACCGAGCAUAAAAUUACCUCUGAAGAUGUUCAAAUUGAUGUCGCAUCGUAUUCACGAAAGAUUGUCUACCAGGAGCUGAAAAAGAGCACGGAGGCUGCCAAGAACACUCUCACUCAGAAAUUGGCUGAACGAUGUAGCGGUCAGUUCCUUUGGGUGACAAUGCAGCAGGAAUCCUUGCGCCGCAACAGUUGGAGAAGUCAGAAGGAGAUAGAGCGAACAAUCAACACCACGCCAAAAGGCCUCGAAAGGGUCUACGAACAGAACUGGAUCAAAAUUUUGGAACUUCCGGAGGAAGAUCGCGGUCGAUCACUUUCCUUGCUGCGCUGGACGGCAUUUUCCCAGCGGCCACUGACUGUCAAUGAAAUAACCGAAGCCCUUCUUAUUUGCGAGACCCGCGAUGAAGUGAGAAUAGACGAGCUGCCAGAGGUCAUUGACAUGGACUACAUUGAAAACGGGAUAUCAUACUACUGCGGAUCACUUCUCGAGAUUAGAGGCCCCCAGGAGGAAAGCGAAGAUGGGGUCAAGACAGUGCAUUUAGCACAUUUCUCGGUGAAACAAUACUUGCUCCACAAAGCUUCAAGAGCCAGGCUUUUACAUCUGAACGGUGCCCUGGGUUAUUUUGCAGAAUCGACUGAGAACACUUUGCUAGCCAAGAUGUGCCUGCGCUAUGUGAACUUUUUAGCAACACGACGAAAAGGUCCUCGGAUAGAGCAUGAUCGAUUUCGUGGAUUUUUCUUGGAUUACGCCGCAGGCUCAUGGCAACAGCAUGCCUGUAUCGGUGAGGCAAAGGACGGCGAGCUAAUAUCGUACACAAAUCGUCUAUUUGACAUAAAGGGGCCAAGCUGGACUGCGAUGAGGGAAUGGCUUGAUCGAGACUAUACAGAAGGUGGAAGGAAACAGUCAGGAAUCGAACACAACCCAGCGGGGCCGGUGUAUUAUGCGGCAUUACUCGGUCUAGUCGACACACUGAGCUUUUUGAUGAAUGAACGAAAGCAUUCCGCCGAUGAGACAGGUCCUCUAAUUCUCCUUGAGAAGGGGGCAGACCUUACAAUAGUGAACAAUGAUAGAUGGACACCAGUGAACAUUGCCUCAUCAAACGGCCAUCUCGAGGUGGUCAAGCUUCUCCUCGAGAAGGGGGCGGAUCCUAAAACUGCGAACAAUGCCGGAUGGACUCCAGUGAACUCAGCAUCAGAGCAUGGUCAUCACAAGAUAAUCAAGCUUCUCCUCGAGAAGAGGGCGGAUGCUAAAACUGCGAGCAAUAAUGGAUGGACACCAGUGAACAUUGCCUCAUCAAACGGCCAUCUCGAGGUGGUCAAGCUUCUCCUCGAGAAGGGGGCGGAUCCUAAAACUACGAACAAUGCCGAAUGGACUCCAGUAAACUCAACAUCAGAGCAUGGUCAUCACGAGAUAAUCAAGCUUCUCCUCGAGAAGAGGGUGGACUUGACAAUCGCGAAUAAUGAUGAAUGGACACCAGUGAAUACUACGUCACAGAACGGUCAUCUAGAGGUGGUCAAGCUCAUCCUUAAGAAAGAGACAGACCUUGCGAUUGCGAGCAAUAAUAGAUGGACACCAGUGAACAUUACCUUAUUAAACGGCCAUCUCAAGGUGGUCAAGUUUCUCCUCGAGAGAGAGGCGGAUCCUAAAACUGCGAACAAUACCAGAUGGACUCCAGUGAAUAUCGCGUCGCAGAAUGGUCAUCUAGAGGUGGUCAAGCUACUUCUUGAGAACGGGGCGGAUCCUACAGUCGCGAGCAAUAACGGUACGACACCAGUCCAUACAGCCUCAUUGAACGAUCAUUUCAAAUUGGUUCAAUUGCUUCUGGAGGAGGGGGUCAAUAUCGGUAUCCCUGACAUUGAUGGAUUAGUACCUCUGUAUUCAGCCUCAGUUGAUGGACAUCUUGAGGUAGUCAACCUUCUCCUAAACCACGAAGCGGAUAGCAGAGUCACUGAUAAUGAUGGAUACACGCCCCUCUAUACUACCGCACAAAAUGGAUCUCUUGAGAUAUUGAAACUACUCUUGGUGCACAAAGCAAGUUUUAUGACUAGACAUAAAGGUGGAUGCACACCUUUGUAUACCGCAUCAGACAACGGUCAUCUCGAAGUGGUCAAACUACUUCUCGAGGAAGGGGCGGAUGCCACAGUCGUGAACGAUAACGGAUGGAUAUCACUAAAUUCAGCCUCAUGGAAUGGCCAUCUCGAGGUAGUCAAGCUUCUCCUCGAGAAGGGGGCGGAUCCUAAAACUGCGAAUAAUGUCGGAUGGACUCUAGUGAACUCAGCAUCAGAGCAUGGUCAUCACAAGAUAAUCAAGCUUCUCCUCGAGAAGGGGGCGGAUCCUAAAACUGCGAGCAAUGAUGGAUGGACACUAGUGAAUAUUGCGUCACAGAACGGUCAUCUAGAGGUGGUCAAGCUUCUCCUCGAGAGAGGGACUGACAUUAUGACGAGAAGUAAAAACGGACGAACGCCAAUUUAUUCAGCCUCGGCGAACGGCCAUUUGGAGGUCGUCAAUCUUCUUCUUGAGAAUGGCGCCAAAUCGCACGAUCACGAUGUUCGGUUAUCCAUGCCUCUCCAUGUAGCCUCAGCGAAUGGCCACCUCAAGGUAGUCAAGCGACUUCUUCGUUCAUCAGGUACGAAAAUCGACACGUGCGAUGACUGUGGUCGUACUCCUCUCUUUCUUGCCGCUGCAAGAGGACAUUCCGACCUUGUACACUUGCUCAUUUCACAAGAUGCGCUUAUGAAUAUGCAAGACCGUUACAUGUCUACUCCUCUCUGUUCCGCAAUCCGGAACGGACACGAGGAUGUCGUCCGUCUACUACUUCCAUUCGCAAAGACAGCAGCUGGAUUUGAGGAUGCUUUGGGUAAAAACCUCGUCUGGUGGGCGAACAAGACCGGAAAUGUCAACAUUAUCGAGAUUGUGGAUCAGUGGGCUCAAAAGAUGAAUAUUAAGAUUCAUGAAAAUGAUCUCGCUUCGCAAAACGCAGUGGCUCCGUCGCGACGACUUUCUCGA